ACGUACGACUGUCUUCUUCCCAAAACAGACUGGUUUGGUUAGCAAUAUCCAAACACGAUGAGACCUUCCGCACUUCAAACCGUCCCUAUAUUCAGCUCUCUACCCAAAACCUUCACAAGCUUUGAUGCACAGCCUCAGUCGCAAUAUCUGCAACUUUCUAAACCCAAGAGAUGUUCAUUGCUAAUAACAAUGAGAGACAGAAGCAAGAACCCAAGGCCUUUGCAGAAGGGAAGGAAUCUCAGCAUCGAAGCCAUUCAGACCAUUCAAGCGUUGAAGAGAGCCCAGAAAAACGAGAGUCUUAUGGAGCAAGUCUUCAAUUCCAAGUUCAGACGCUUAUUGAAGCUCGACAUGAUGGCCGUACUCAAAGACCUCCUGCGCCAAAAUGAGUGCUUCUUGGCCCUCAAGGUUUUUCAAGACAUUAGAAAGGAAUACUGGUAUAAGCCGCAGGUUAUGCUUUAUGCUGAUAUGAUCAAGGCUCUGAAACCAAUGCUGUAAAACUUUGCUAACCAGGAUCGUAGUCAGGAUCUUCUUUUUCUUCCAAAACUAUAAUAAUUUCCAACAGGAAAUGAUAACCGUUCUCCAGCCAGGUGAUUCCGCUGUAAAUCUCCAAGUUUUGGAAGAUGAUCCCAACUAUAAUCAAAGUUCUGCUGCAUCGUUCUCAGGGCCUGUAGACCCAAACACUAUCCCCACCGGUCGUCGGAGAAGCCGAUGCACAGUUUCAUAUGCGCUAGAGAACAUCGCUUUUGGUAAUAGUAUGAGACCUCUAAACAAAUCAAUUAUAAGGAAGAUGAAGGCCAUGUCACUGAGAUGCCCGAAAGUACAAGCUGGUGCUGAUGUCAACACAACUGCAGCUGAUAUAAAGGGCUGAAUAAUAAUCUGAAAGUGUGUGCAUUAUGCAUCUGUCUCUAGCUUCAGCAGGUCUGGAUGAAUUAUCAAUGUUAUUCAGUAUGAAAAUUGUCAAUAAAAUAUUAUACAGAACAUUUUCUCUGAAUUCCUCUCGUGUACACCAGAGUCUUAUUCCAGAGUCUUUAUGCUGCUUCUUUUU